AUGGGGUCUGCCCUGGAUGGGCCUGCCCUGGAAUGGCCUGCUCUGGAGGGGCCUGUCCUGGAGUGGCCUGUCCUGGAGAGGCCUAUCCUGGAGUGGCCUGCCCUGGAGGGGCCUGCCCUGGAAUGGCCUGUCUUGGAGAGGCCUGUCCUGGAAUGGCCUGCCCUGGAGGGGCCUGUCCUGGAGGGGCCUACCCUGGAGGGGCCUGCCCUGGAGUGGCCUGCCCUGGACGGGCCUGCCCUGGAGGGGCCUGCCCUGGAGUGGCCUGCCCUGGAGGGGCCUGUCCUGGAGGGGCCUGCCCUGGAGGGGCCUGUCCUGGAGGGGCCUGCCCUGGAAUGGCCUGUCCUGGAGAGGCCUGCCCUGGACGGGCCUGUCCUGGAGGGGCCUGUCCUGGAGGGGCCUGCCCUGGAAUGGCCUGUCCUGGAGAGGCCUGUCCUGGAGAGGCCUGCCCUGGAAUGGCCUGUCCUGGAGGGGCCUGCCCUGGAGGGGCCUGUCCUGGAGAGGCCUGCCCUGGACGGGCCUGUCCUGGAGGGGCCUGCCCUGGAGGGGCCUGCCCUGGAGUGGCCUGCCCUGGAGAGGCCUGCCCUGGACGGGCCUGUCCUGGAGGGGCCUGCCCUGGAGGGGCCUGUCCUGGAGGGGCCUGUCCUGGAGGGGCCUGCCCUGGAAUGGCCUGUCCUGGAGGGGCCUGUCCUGGAGGGGCCUGCCCUGGAAUGGCCUGUCCUGGAGGGGCCUGUCCUGGAAUGGCCUGCCCUGGAGAGGCCUGUCCUGGAGGGGCCUGCCCUGGACGGGCCUGUCCUGGAAUGGCCUGUCCUGGAGAGGCCUGUCCUGGAGUGUGGUUGA